ACAUUUUUGUGAUAUAUCACAUAGUAUCUUCUCUUAAAUCGCAGUAGAUACGGUAUUCCUGCAGCUAAAACUAUGAUGAAAAACAGAAUAAAAAAUCUCAUUUGGUUUUCUGUGACGAUAUUAAUAGACAUUUUACAAAUGACUUCUGGGGAGAUUACUUGUCGGUUCGGUAGUAUUGAGUGCGAUUGUAUUUUAUACGAAAAUGGAAUACGUGUGGAUUGUUCACAACGGAAUCUUACUGCUAUACCGGUUAUGAAUGACAGUGUCACCUGGUUAGACCUCAGUCACAACAAGAUCAGGAGUAUCCAGUCAAAUAGUACAAAACUGCCAGAAAAGAUGAUAUCUCUCGACUUAUCUGAUAAUAAUUUAACGACAAUCAGUGGAAAACCUUUCGAACAUUUAACAAGACUUCGGUUUUUGGAUAUAUCCUACUGCAAUGUAAAAGAUAUUGAUAAGGGAGCAUUCAGCAACAUGCCAGAAUUACAACAUCUUAAUAUUUCCUACAAUCGCCAGCUAGGGUUUGCGUCCCUGCCUAAUGUAACAUAUCAUUUAAACAAAACUCAAAUAAAAUCUUUGAAUAUCAAUGGACUUAAUUGUGCAGCCGGAGUUGGAACAGAAAUAAAAUGCCAUCAUCUCCUUUCUCUCAAAGAUACUAACCUUACAGAAUUAUAUGUAGCCAGUAACCGAUUGGAAUAUUUUGCUCGAGGAGUUUUACGAAAUCUUCCAAAAACCUUAGAGAUAUUAUCGGUGGCCGAAAACAAAAUGACAGUUGGGCCAUAUUUUCUAGAAUUUAGCACGAUGGAAAACUUGCGAGUAUUUAAUGUAAGCUUUCAGAGGUAUCCACCAAAUUCCCUUGAUGCCAUUGAAAAUUAUUGUAAAGAGAAGACUGAGUUAUGUAAUGAUGCUGUUUGCAUUUGCCAAAAAGUUUUAAAUCACCAAACUCCCAAAGGCAUCAGUACUAGUACGAACGUGACUGUUAUAUUUCCAAAAAAUCUAGAAGAAAUAUAUGCUUACUCUAGUCGAGUUUUUGGGAUGGUAAAUAAAUCUUUCCUCUUUGCGCCGAAUCUUCGCAUCGUAAAUUUACGGGAUAACGUAUUGUUGUCUUUGGAAGGUCCUCUCUAUUUUCAACAAACAAAUACCAAAUUAACAUUGGACAUUUCCAAUAAUUUUAUCUACCAUGUAUCCCCGUAUAUACUAAAUGAUGGAGGACAAGUCCUGAAUUUAAAUAUAUCCCACAAUAACAUUGGCAAAGAUCUGGAGAAAGAUGAAUUGGGAGAAACGUUCAAGACUUUUUUAUCCCUUGAGAACUUAGACAUUUCGUUCUGUAGAAUUUUCAAACUUCCAAACUUACUGCUGAAAAAUUCUUCGAGGUUAAAGUAUUUAAAUAUCAGUGACAACCAGAUAUUAAGAUGGAAUUUAAAAACUGAUCAUAUGACAAAUUUAUUAUUGUUGGACCUAUCAAAUAAUCGGAUAAGAUAUUUUGAUGAGAAAACCCGCCAACAUUUGGAGAAUGCCUUUCGAAGAUCUAAGUUAAUCGUGGAUCUUUCUGGUAAUUUAUUAGGCUGCUCCUGUGACAAUGAAAAAUUUCUUAAAUGGAUAAGGAUGAAUAGAGCUAAUUUUGUAAAUAUUCAGCAUUAUCAGUGCUCGCCAGAAAAAUUGAAAUUUUCAUUUGAAAACCUGGAUCAGUCCAUUUCUAUUUUAGAGGAUAAUUGUAGGUCAUUUUUGACUUGGUAUAUAGCAGGCUCUGUUUCACUUGCUAUGUGUAUAAGCUUGUUGACAGGAGUUUUACUGAUCAGAAACAGAUGGAAGAUUCGUUAUAUUAUUUACAAAACUAAACUAAAAUUCCGAGUUAGGGACAAACAAAAUGUUUAUUAUUCUACAGAUUUAAACUAUGAAUAUGAUGUCUUUCUAUCUUAUGCUGGUAUGGAGAGAAUAUUUGUACGGAGAGAUGUCAUACCCCGGCUUGAAACCAACGCUGGAUUACGACUUCUUGUAAGAGACAGGGAUUCUCUCCCAGGCUUGUCUAAAGUGGAUUCUAUUAUGACUGGAAUUCAUGAAAGUAAAAAGGUUCUAUGCAUUGUUUCCAAAAGAUAUUUAAAGUCAAAAUGGCGUGACUAUGAGCUCAACAUGGCUAAAGUGGAGGAAAUCAAGGAUCGUGGAAGCACAGAUUUUGUUAUUCUGAUCUUGUUACCGGAAGUGUAUAACAGUGGCUAUCCUAGUAAAGUUAUGAGCCUUGUGAAGAAAGACUGUUUUAUUGAAUAUCCCGAAGAAUCCUGCGCUUAUGAUGACUUUUGGGAGAAACUGAUCAAAAUGUUAAAAAAUGAUUAAAAAAAUUUGUAUGGAAUAUAUUAUUAUACUAUUUUAAAACACAUUUAUUUAUGUUUACACAGAUCUGAAUAUUUGAAUAUUGUCUAGGGAAGUUAUGUCCAUCAAACAUCAUGCACGCAUGGAACGAUUUGUCCAAUUUUUUUUUUU